CUGGGAACGCGACAGAUAUCUAAAUUCGUCUCGCUUAAAUCUCCUGUCUUAGGAUGUAUCAAAUUGAAUACACAGCGACCGGCUCCAGCUUCAUAACGAUCGACAUGAUACUCGUAUAACAAACCUUUCCCCAAGAAUAAUUGCAAAUCAUCAUAUCGCUAAGAUUGCAAACGCCAAUCACUCCAUGACCUAGCCCUGGCAAAUAGGUCACGGGUAUGUUUGACACAAAACCCAACCCAACCAACGAUAUCAUCGUCGUAUCCAACCCAACCAACCGUAACGGCACAGCCACGCCAACCCCAGCAUCACAUUUCCCCAUCCGGCCCCGGAUACUCCGUACUGAUACUCUGUUAUCUCGAUCAAUUUAUUAAUAGAAGCCGAUCACACAACCGAUCGACCCAGAGAAUGUGUAUCUGAUAAUUUGUCAUUGGAAAACUCGCGGGGCGAUAGCGUUGUGGUAUUACACCGCGUGGUGGUGUUGCGUUGCGUUACUUUGCAGCGAAAACAACUCGAGAUUCGACGCGGGCCGCUGCAUGCGGAAGUGCGGGGUAAGUUGACUCGAUCUCAAGACUCCAUCUCACAGAUCUCAUAUCCGAAUUCAAUGUGAGUUGAUAGGACUGUCACUGUGUAUUAUUAGAUAAAUAAUGGAUGACUCAUACACUAUCCACCAUUUGGCAAUAUAACAGUAGUCCUUCUUCUCCUCUGUAAACAACCAUCCAUUACAGC